AUUGAAAUUGAUUUAAUAUUUUGGAAAAGGAAAAAAUAGAAUUGGAAAUAGUUCGACAAUUAGAGCAUCACAGCGUUCAGUAGAAGACCCAAAAUCCAAAUUUGCAGAGUAUUUUUAACGAUGAGCGACCCUCAAAUUCCCGAUCCCAAGUCCACUCAGAAGCCCUCUCCUCCGGCAAACCCACCCAAAAUCCCCACCGCCGGCGAAGGGUUUUCUCAUGGCCGCAGCUUCCCAAACCCGCCGGAAUCGAUGAAUCCGGACGCGGCGACGCUCAGAGAUCAAUGGCGGUUCGCAAUUAGACAGUACAGUAAGUGGUACUCUCACGCAUGGGGCACCGCUAUUCUCGCCGGUCUCUCGUUUUUCGCCCUCGGUUGGAUUGUCAAAGGUUCGAAUCCUCUCCCUUCCUUCAAACCGGCCAAUUCGAACGGCGGUGAUAACUCCUCUCCGUCCACUAGUGGUGAUAAAGACAAAGCUGCUGCUGCUGCUCAAGUCCAUCAACCUCGUUGAUUGGGAAUUGGGAAUGGUGCCUCUGAUCGUGUUCUUCUAGUGGAUCGUGUUUUUCUCCCUUCGUUUAUAUGGUCAAGUUCAAAAUGGUGGGUGCAAAACAAUCUAAAAACCGUGUAUAUUUCCUUCAGCAUGUUAGUAGCUAAAAGCUUUUCGGAUAUGAAUAUGAAGAUGCUUGAUCUUUGAUGCUUACUUCCUUUUGCAUCCCUAAUAAUAUCUAAAUACGCACGUUUGCCUU